AUGGCGUCAGCAGCGGCCCGGACAUAUCUCGCCUUCCAGCACAACGCCAAGCUGCACACGCUCAAGACCGUCGUCACCGCCGUCCGCCCCUUCGCCGAGCUCGAGGAGGCCAACCGCCAGCUCUACAAGGACGGCUGCGACGAGGACCACGUCGUCGUCACGGAGCAGACCAUCUUCCACCCCCAGGGCGGCGGCCAGCCCUCGGACGUCGGCGCCAUGUCGACGCCCGCCGGCGCGUCCUUCGCCGUCGCCUCGGCCCGCAUGGACGCCGUCCGCGACGGCCGGGUGCUGCACUUUGGCCGCUUCCGCGACGGCGGCGCCGCGCCCUUCCGGGCCGGCGACGAGGUCGAGCAGGCCAUCGACGCCGACAAGCGGCUGCUCCACUCGCGGCUGCACACGGCCGGCCACGUCCUCGGCGCCGCCGUGCGGCACCUGCUCGAGGCCGAGGUCGAGGGCUUCGACGAGCUCAAGGCCUCGCACUUCCCCGGCGCCGCCUCGUGCGAGUUCGCCGGCUCCAUCGACGGCCGCUGGAGGGCGCCCAUCCAGGCCCGCGUCGACGCCUACGUCGCCGCCGCCAUGCCCGUCCGCGUCGCCUUCUGGGACGAGGACGACUUCCACCGCCGCGGGCUCGGGCGCCUCGUCCCCGCCGCCCGCGGGCCCGCGCCGCCCGGCGAGAAGUUCCGCGUCGUCGAGAUCGUCGGCGCCGAGGUGUACCCCUGCGGCGGCACCCACGUCGACUCCACCGACCUGUGCGGGGAGACGGUGGUCAAGAAGAUUUCGAGGAGCAAGGGGAACUCCAAGGUCAGCUAUGCCGUGAAAUGA